AAGAGUUGGGUAAUAAACGUUUCUUUGCCUUGCUUACACCUACAACUUACUUCAACUCUUACGCUAUCAAUUCUCUCUCUUAUCUCUUUGUACCUUAUAAUAAAAAAGUUCUGGUUUUUAUUUUGUUUUUGUUAAAAAAAACUUUAUUUAUGUGUGUGUGUUUUUUGAAAUUUGAAAGUUGAUUAUGGAGGUAAGGCAGCAGCAGAAGAUGGAAGGAUUUCUUGAGGGAUUUUCACCUGUUUCUUCAACUCCUGUUUUAUGGAAGUCUAGAAAAAGAUCUGCCGGUGUGAAGAACUUGGAAACGCCUCAAAAGCAAGAAGAGUCUCCAGCUGAUGAAACACCUCAAAAGCAAGAUGAGUCUCCAGCUGAUGAAAAGAUGCAGGAAUCGCAGCCCUCUACUGAACUUUCAGAGCGUAGGAAGGCACUCUUUGAACCAUUGGAGCCGGUUACAAAUGCAAAUGGCCGUAGGCCAUCAGCUGAAACUUUGCUACCCCCACCAGACUUUGAUGCUGCAUGUUACCCCAAAGGUUGGCUGGCUGGAAAGAGACGGAAGCUUGUAAAUGUGGAUGUUGUUGAAAGUAUGCGAAGAAUCGCUCUACAGGAAAUGAAUAGAAAGGAUCGCGAAAUCGAUGGUCUGAAUGAACAGCUAGAAGCAGAUGCUCAAUGCCUGGAACAUCUGCAAAUACAGCUGCUAGAAGAAAGAAGCAAGCGUGCUGAUGUAGAGAGGCAAAAUGCUAUGUUGCAAAGCCAGAUAAAUGUGCUUAUGAACAUGUAUCAGGAUGACGAUGAUAUUGAUGGUGACGGUACAGAUGACUCUUAAUCAGUCAUUUUCUUUAUUCUUUUGUAGAUUUCGUUAGACAAUAAUAGGACAGAUAUAGAAGAAGGUUGUUGUGCUUUCAAGAUGUAAAAUAUAUAUUUGCGAGUACCACCUGUGUGUUCGCAAUAUUAUUUACUGUUUAAAAGCUGUGUAAGACGUUGGUAGUUCCUUUUAUUUGAUCCAUCAUUCCUCGCA